CCGCACCAGGCGGGGCCGGGGCCAGAGCGCCGCUGCUGCCACAGCCGCUGCUGCUCUGCAGAGCGGGGCCGGGGCCGGGGUGCCCUCCGUCCCGCUUCCUCCCGCCGCUAUGAGUCAGAGAAGCCCGGGGGACUGGGCUCCCCUCGACCCCACUUCCGGGCCCCCCAACCCCUUCGUGCAUGAGUUACAUCUCUCCCGCCUCCAGAGGGCUAAGUUCUGCCUCCUGGGGGCGCUGCUGGCCCCCAUCAGAGUGCUUCUGGCCUUUAUUGUCCUCUUUCUCCUCUGGCCCUUUGCCUGGCUGCAAGUAGUGGGUCUUACGGAAGAGCAGCUUCAGGAGCCAAUUACAGGAUGGAGGAAGACUGUGUGCCACAAUGGGGUGCUGGGCCUCAGCCGCCUGCUCUUUUUCCUGCUGGGCUUCCUCCGGAUUCGAGUUCGGGGCCAGCGGGCCUCUCGCCUUCAAGCUCCUGUUCUCGUUGCUGCCCCCCACUCUACUUUCUUUGACCCCAUUGUUCUGCUGCCCUGUGACCUGCCCAAGGUUGUGUCCCGAGCUGAGAACCUUUCCGUGCCUGUCAUUGGAGCCCUUCUUCGCUUCAACCAAGCCAUCCUAGUAUCCCGGCACGACCCAGCUUCUAGGCGUAAAGUAGUGGAGGAGGUCCGAAGGCGGGCAACCUCAGGAGGCAAGUGGCCCCAGGUGCUAUUCUUUCCUGAAGGCACCUGUUCCAAUAAGAAGGCUUUGCUUAAGUUCAAACCAGGAGCCUUCAUCGCUGGGGUGCCUGUGCAGCCUGUCCUCAUCCGUUACCCCAACAGUCUGGACACCACCAGCUGGGCCUGGAGGGGCCCUGGAGUACUCAAGGUCCUCUGGCUUACAGCCUCUCAGCCCUGCAGCAUCGUGGAUGUGGAGUUCCUCCCUGUGUACCACCCCAGCCCUCAGGAGAGCAGGGACCCCACCCUCUAUGCCAACAAUGUCCAGAGAGUCAUGGCACAGGCCCUUGGCAUUCCAGCCACUGAAUGUGAGUUUGUGGGAAACUUGCCUGUGAUGGUGAUGGGCCGGCUGAAGGUGGCGCUGGAGCCGCAGCUCUGGGAGCUGGGAAGGGUGCUUCGGAAGGCUGGACUGUCCCCCAGCUGUGUGGACGCCAAGGCAGAGCCAGGACGGAGUCAAAUGAUCAGCCAGGAUGAGUUUGCCAGGCAGCUACAGCUCUCUGAUCCUCAGAUGGUAGCUGGUGCUUUUAGCUACUUCCAUCAGGACACCAAGGGUUUGGUGGACUGCCGAGAUGUGGCCCUGGCACUGGCAGCUCUGGAUGGGGGCAGGAGCCUGGAGGAGCUGACAUGCCUGGCCUUUGAGCUCUUUGCUGAAGAGCAAGCCGAAGGGCCCGGCCACCUGCUGUACAAGGAUGGCUUCAGCACCAUCCUGCACCUGCUGCUGGGUUCACCCCGCCCUGCCGCCGCUACUCUGCAUGCUGAGCUGUGCCAGGCAGGCCCUAGCCAAGGCCUCUCCCUCUGUCAGUUCCAGAACUUCUCCCUCCAUGACCCUCUCUACGGGAAGGUCUUCAGCACCUACCUGCGCCCCCCACAUGCCCCUCGAGGCACCUCCCAGAUAUCAAAUGCCUCAUCCCCAGGCAGCCCCACUGCUCUGGCCAACGGGACUGUGCAAGUGCCCAAGCAGAAGGGCGACUAAGCACCUCGUCCCUUCUCACCGCCGCCUACCCAGCUCGCACCCAGCCUGCAGACUCAGGGCAGCGCCAGGGGCCUACCCUGUGCCUCAACCCCACCUCUGCUCCUGUUUGAUUUUUUGUUGUUGUUGUUUUAAGUUGGUUUUUUUUUUUUUUUUGU